AUGCAGCACGACCGUGCAACGGGAGGGUUCGUAACCUGCGCACUGUAUGGUGGCUCGGCUGGCCUUGCAGGAGCGGCCCAAGAUGAUCAUGCACUGGGUGCUCUUCACCGAGAGCACCACCUCCGCCCACGCCGUCGUCGUGCUGGGCCUCGUCGUGGGGCUCUUCUGGAUCCACAGGAUGCUGCUCGCCCUCUGAUAUCAAGUUUCUUCCUCAACAUCGUUCAAAUAUACUACUCUAUCCUGGAGUCUCGGGUCCUGCCCGAUGUGCUGUUCCGUAAAAAUAAGCAAGACAUCAUUGAUGUUGAAGCAGAGGUAGAUGGAGAAUGAAGAGAGUUUUCAGCUCACAGAACAAGGGCAAAUACAUUCUAGAGUUUUUUGCUUAUUUAUAUAUUGCUUCUGUUGAUCUACGAAUGACUAUCUCACUUCUACCCAGACAUUACAGUAUGAAAUGUCUACCUUCUAAUCAAUUCAAAUUACAUUUUCAGGAUUCAUAUACAAUUUUACUUCUUUGUCGUCUCACGAAUAAUUCUUUCAAUUGAGUAUUUAAAUAUAUGUUAUGUAAUUGGCUUUUUUUAUCAAUCAUUUUCAAUUUUUUUUUUCAAAUUUAAGAUUUCAUAUCAUACAAUAUUUUACCUUUACAACAUCUUAAACAAUACCCUGUAAAAUCAGUGACAUAACUUACAGAACCUAAAUAUUUGAUUCCCUUGGAUUAAAUGUGCUAAAAAUGAUAUAUU